AUGUCCGAGCCAUCUUCGUCUGCAAUCGCCUCGCUCCCCACCUCGACCGAAGGGGCAACGCUCGCCGAGCUGUCCCAAGAGCGGCCGGUGUUUGUCGUGCUGCUCCGCCACGCCGGUUGCACUUUCCACCGCGAAGCCCUGGCGGACCUCAGAGCGGUCGAGCCCGAGAUCGACGCCGCCGGCGCGCGGUUGGCGAUCGUCCACAUGGGGGCCGGUGACAACUCGAUCGAGUCCGCCGAGCGCUACGACCUCCGCAGCGCAACGCACGUCGCCGACCCCGACCAGCAGCUCUACAAAGAGCUGGGCAUCCCCCGCGGCCGCCUCAGUCAGUUGCUCGGUUGGCAAGAGUUCUCAAGAGGCGCAAGUGCUUGCCUGCUCAAAGGCCACGGUGUCGGCGUCCUGAAAGGCGACGGCUUGCAGCUCGGCGGGCUGGCUCUGAUCAACAAGGGACAAGUUGUCUGGAAACGUCCGCUCGAGCGCGCGUCCGAGAGGCCCGACUAUGUCGUGGAAGUUCGGGACGCUCUUAAGGCUCUUUAG